AGACACUGCUUCCAGAUUCCAGCUCUCUUGUCUCUCUGCGUCUCUUUGUCUCUGUAUGUAUAUAUAUUUCAAUUUUGCAAUAAUCAAAAGAUUUCUUUCUUGGCGAUCAGUAUUACAAACAGCAAUUACAUUAACCUUUUUAUUCAUUUUCAAAAAUAAAAUAAAGUUACUUAUUUUAUAUAUACAUAAGCAAAAGCAGAACGACCCUCUAUUAGCUCUCUCGUAUCCCAGAAAUCAUAUUCGAUUUCAAUAACAGAGAUGGGAAGUGAACAAAAUGAGACUAUUCCCAAAGUUGACGAGUCUAUUGCUAGAAUUGAUGAAAAAAAUGCCUUGAACCAAAGUGGUUCAACGACAAGUGGGUUGGCUUGUGACUUGAAUCCAGAUAGUGAAAGCAAUGUGAUUAGUAAACCAGAUGAGCUUGUUUUGAACUUGCGUAAUGUGCCGUAUAUUUAUAGACAAGACAUUGUGAGACAUAAAAAGAGUGGGGCCAUCGGGAUAGUGAAUGAAGUUGCUGGUGAUUCGGAUUCAGAUAGCAGCAAUACUGAUGAUGACGAUGACGAUGACGAUGAUGAUGACGACGAUGACAAUGAUGAACAUGUGGAUGAUGAGGAUGAUGAAGAUGAAGGAAGUGGUGGUGAUGUCAAUGCCGAUGCAGACAGGAGUAAGGGCAGUGGUAUUGAUAAGAAUGAAACUCUUCAGGCUGACCAGGUCCGAGUACUUUGGAUGGAUGACACAGAAUCAAUCCAGCAUGUUAAUGAUGUUAAAGUUGUUGAUAGGGGAUUCUUACAUGGAGAUUACGUUGCUUCUGCAUCAGAUCCAACUGGGCAAGUGGGUGUAGUUCUAGAUGUCAAUAUUUCUGUUGAUUUGUUAGCUCCUGAUGGUUCUAUCAUACAGGAUGUAUCUUCCAGAGACUUGAAGCGAGUGAGGGAGUUUUCUAUCGGUGAUUAUGUGGUUCUUGGUCCCUGGUUGGGUAGAGUUGAUGAUGUUUUAGAUAAUGUGACCGUGCUAAUCGAUGAUGGUCCUGCAUGCAAAGUGGUGGGGGCUGAGCCACUACGUCUCAAGCCAAUUUCUAAGAGUAUCUUUGAUGGAGAUGAGCAUUUUCCUUACUAUCCUGGACAGCGCGUAAGGGCGAGCUCGUCAUCAGUUUUUAAGAGUUCACGAUGGGUACCAGGCUUCCGGAAAGCUACUCGAUUGGAAGGUACUGUUACUAAUGUUACAGCUGGAUCAGUAUUCAUCUAUUGGAUAGCAUCUGCUGGCUAUGGGCCUGAUUCUUCAACUGCCCCUGCUGAGGAGCAGAGUCCAAAGAACUUGAAACUGUUGUCAUGUUUUUCACAUGCAAAUUGGCAAGUUGGUGAUUGGUGUCUUCUCCCAUCCACUAUCAAACAAUCAUCCUCCAUCACCUUGGACAAAGGUUUAUCAAAAUUAGUACUUCAUGAUUCCAACAAAAGCAACUUAGAUGCUAGCCAAGUGGGAAAUGAAUGUGAUUCAGAAGAGGCUGUGGUAGAUGAAUCAGAAGAGAAUAAUGAAACCAUGGAUAUUGAUCCAGUGGUUGUGCCACAUAAAAAUGAUGGAAAUACUAGAAAUAAUGUUUCACCCGAAUCUAGCUCUUGUGGUAGUUCAAUAUCAGUUUCAAAGGAUCCUGUUCAUGAAACUUGGCCUCUUCAUCGUAAAAAGAUACGCAAAGUCGUGAUUAGGAAAGAUAAGAAGGCUCGAAACAAAGAGGAGUAUUUUGAAAGAGCUCUUCUGAUUGUCAACACUAGGACAAGAGUUGAUGUGGCAUGGCAGGAUGGAAUUAUUGGAAGUGGACUGGAAUCUACAAUGCUGAUCCCAAUUGACAGUCCUGGUGAUCAUGAAUUUGUUGCUGAGCAGUAUGUGGUGGAGAAGGCCUCGGAUGAUGUUGAUAAUGCUUCUGAAGCUAGACGUGUUGGGGUUGUGAAAAGUGUUAAUGCAAAAGAGAAAACUGCUAGUGUGAGGUGGUUAAAGCAAGUUGCCAGGGCAGAAGAUCCUCGUGAAUUUGACAAAGAGGAAAUUGUAAGUGUGUAUGAGCUGGAGGGACAUCCUGAUUAUGACUAUUCCUAUGGGGAUAUAGUUGUUCGAUUAUCCCCAGUUUCUGCUCCUGCACAAGCAAUAUCUGAUGGGGAGAAAAAGUUGAAAAUUGAACCGAAUGAGACUAUAAACGUGAAAAACCGCUCAGAAAUAAAGAAGCAGGACUUAACCGAUGAUGAAACUUGUAUAAACUUCUCAGAUCUCUCUUGGGUUGGAAAUAUAACUGGUCUUAGGAAUGGUGAUAUUGAAGUCACAUGGGCAGAUGGAAUGGUUUCAACAGUUGGACCUCAAGCUAUCUUUGUUGUUGGCCGAGAUGAUGAUGAUGAUGACUCGAUUGCAGCUGGGAGUGAAGUAAGUGAUGAUGCAGCUAGUUGGGAAACUGUUAAUGAUGAUGAGAUGGAUGACCUAGAGAAUAAUCAAGAGGAAGCUGGGCUGCAACAUCCCAGCUAUUUGAACUCCGAGACAGAAGAGAAUGUGGAGAGUAAUAAUUAUGCAAGGAAUCCAGCACUUUCUCUUCCUUUAGCUGCUCUUGAAUUUGUUACAAGGUUGGCCUCUGGGAUAUUCUCACGGGGACGAAAAAAUGUAGAUCCAGAAUUUUCUGACUCCAUAGUUGAAGAUGAACAUCAGACUCAGGGAAUUAUACAUAUCUCCGGGGAAAGGGAUUCUGGUGAUGAGUCUAGCUCUCAACAAUCUAACAUCAUUGAUAAUGGCAGUGUGCAAAGUACUCAUGGAAAAGGAGAGGGACAUGCUGUUACAAACGUUGAGGUGCCAGUAUCAUCAAAUGCAGCAGAAGAUUUAUGCAAUUUGAGGACAGAGAAAUUAGAUGCUCCGGCACGUUUUGAUGAUGAUACUUGCAAUUUCAAACGUUUUGAUAUAACUAAAGAACCUUUGGACCAUUAUUUUCUUGGUUCAAAUGGACAGAUUAACAAUGGAAGGAAGUGGCUCAAGAAGGUUCAGCAAGACUGGAACAUUCUUCAGAACAAUUUGCCUGAUGGGAUCUAUGUACGAGUUUAUGAAGAUCGAAUGGAUCUCUUAAGGGCAGUAAUUGUUGGGGCAUAUGGAACGCCUUACCAAGAUGGACUCUUCUUUUUUGAUUUUCACCUUCCGCCAGAGUACCCUGAUGUUCCACCGUCUGCAUAUUAUCAUUCUGGUGGUUGGCGAAUAAAUCCAAAUUUAUACGAGGAGGGCAAGGUGUGCCUGAGCCUUUUAAAUACCUGGACCGGUAGAGGCAAUGAAGUUUGGGAUCCAACAUCUUCUAGCAUCCUUCAAGUUCUAGUUUCACUACAGGGGUUAGUGCUUAAUUCUAAGCCGUAUUUUAAUGAAGCUGGAUAUGAUAAGCAGGUCGGGACAGCUGAGGGAGAGAAGAAUUCAUUGUCAUACAAUGAAAAUACAUUCUUACUAAAUUGCAAGACGAUGAUGUAUCUUAUACGGAAGACCCCCAAGGAUUUUGAAGAACUUGUCAAAGAACAUUUCAGCAGACGUGGGUACUACAUUCUUAAGGCCUGUGAUGCAUAUAUGAAAGGCAGUUUAAUUGGGUCUCUUGCAAAAGAUGCCUCUGUAAACAAUAGUGAUAAUACCAAUUUGACUUCAGUUGGUUUCAAGCUGAUGCUAGCUAAGAUUGUGCCAAAGCUAUACUUGGCUUUGAAUGAACUUGGAGCUAAUUGUCAUGAUUUUCAGCAUCUGCUAGAGUCAUGAAAACUGGAUUCUGAUAAGUGCGUCUUCCGACAUACUUCGAACCAACAAGGUCAGUCAGUUUUGAUACGUUGCCUUUACUUCCAACUCACAGAUACCUGUAAAUGUAAAGGCUCUCUGUUCUUUCAGACCGUCUCCUUUAUAUGACUUGGGAUGAGUAACGUACAUGUCGCGGCUUUGCUUAAUGCCUCGGUUAAUUUUAGGAUCUGGGUUUCUUGGAUAAUUUACUUGUUCUCCUCCUUUUUUUAUAAGAUUAUUUUGUCAUCUAACAGACAUACUGGGAUGUCCUUCAUCUUCUUCUUUCCUUCGGGAAUUUGGCUGCAUUGACAAAUUUCUUUUUGUACUUACUCUGGGAUCUGGAAGAUGGGAAGGAUUUUGGAUUGACUGUUCAUGUUGCCAUUUGAUUGGGAACUCAUAGUUCUUCAAAUUUCUCACAUCUUGUUGUAAUUCACAAACAUUGAAAUGAUAUAAAAGUGUGUUUGAAAAGCA